GGUAAAUGAACUACCGGAAGUUACAGCUUCUAGGUUUGAGUUGUGUACAUCCCAGCUGAUCUGCCGCUGUUUCAUUUAAAACUUUGGAUAUGAAUAUUGACCACGGUAUUAUUGACGGACGUGUGGAUUUAAGCAACGGCCUCGAAAAUGUCCCCAUUUUAAUCGAGCGGAGUUCAACCGUCAAGACGUUUCCUGAAUUCCAGUAUUCCCCAGAUAAUACUGAGGGCCCAGGAUGCAGUAUUGACCCCAGUGAGGUCACCCUUCCUGGAUGCUCAUGUGUGUCCCACUCCUGCUUCACUGACUCCUGCUCCUGCCUGCAGACACACGGGCAGGCGUACGACAGCACCGGCACUCUGCUAAACCUCAGCAGAACAGACUCUGCUUACAGCUCACCUGUGUUUGAGUGCAAUGCCCUGUGCACCUGCAGCGACGCCUGCUCCAACCGGCUGGUGCAGAGGGGGGUAACGCUCAGGUUGGAGGUUUACAGCACCGAGCAAAGGGGCUGGGGGGUGCGGACGCUAGAGGCAAUCCCACAUGGGACGUUUGUGUGCGAGUAUGCAGGAGAGGUGAUCAGCUUUAAGGAGGCCAGAUGCAGACAGUUGUCCCAGAGAUCUGAGGAUAACAACUACAUCAUUGCCGUAAGGGAGCACGCAGGGACGGGCUGCAUCACUGAGACAUUUGUGGACCCCGCCGUGGUGGGAAACGUAGGUCGCUUUCUGAACCACUCCUGCCAGCCUAACCUGUUUAUGCAGCCGGUCCGCGUGCACUCCGUGGUUCCUCGGCUGGCACUGUUUGCUGGGCGGAACAUUGAUGCGCAAGAAGAGCUGACGUUUGACUACUCAGGAGCAGAUAGUAACCAACUUCCUGUAGAGCAGCUGCCCACACAAAGAGACGCUGCCGUACAGGCCAGUAGGACAGACGAUACACCCAAAGAGCUCCAGAGGAAAGAGUGUCACUGUGGUGCCAACAACUGUGUUCAGUUCCUUCCAUUGGAUCUAUCUAUUAUAAACUGAUGAAGUGAAAAUAAAUUUCAUACCAGAAAUGUUUUUAUCUGUAUGUGAUGAUUUGUUGUUUCUGAAUAAUGGAAAACACUUGAUGCCUUUUCUUCAGAUAAACUAUUUUAAACUAUGUCUCUUUAGUUUAGUGUUCCCUUGGAUCCUUAAAGUCUUAAAAUGCAUUGAAUCCUUUAAUCUAAAUCUAAAAGGAAGGCCUUAAUUGGUAUUAUUUAAAAAUAAUUGAAUAAAACUUUAAUUUAGGCAAAGAUUUUGAGGCAUGACUGAAAAUAAAAAGCAGAGUAUUUUGUACAACUUCUACCUUCAUCUUUGCUACGAGACUAACAUCACAUUUCAUGUUGCAAUAAACAUUCAGGAAAAAUUGUCCCUUACCCUAAAUAA